GGGCUGGUCACGUGAUUAGUAGCCCUGCCGUUAAACCGACCAAGCUCGAGCUCACCAGCGCGCGGGGCACAAAAGGCCCCGGAUGAUCGGUUGAGAUUAAAAAUGACAAGGAAUUUGUCUACGGGAAUCUCGAACACAACACGCCAGUUUUGCUGUCUUUGUCCAGAUAUUUAAGAAGUGGAGCAAGGGAUUCACUCGAUCAUCCUUCCUGCUCAGACUGUGGGGAGAGAUUCAUUUGAUCAUCUGACUGACUGACACGCCCGUCAUCUUACACAGGGGAGACACCGUUCACCUGCUCAGACAGUGGGAAUGGAUUCACUCCAUCAUCUCAACUGAAGGUACAUCAGCAAGUUUACACUGAGACAAGCCCAUUCACCUGUUCUAUGUCUGAGACGGGAUUCAGUCGGUCUUCCCACCUGUGGGCACACCAGUCUGUUCACACUGAGCAGAGGCUGGUCAUCUGCUGAAUUUGUGGGGAAGGAUUCACGCGGUUAUUUGACCUAAUGGCUCACCAGCGAGUUCACACCAGGGAGCGGCCGUUCACCUGCUCAGACUGCGGGAAGGGAUUCACUCAGUCAUCUAACCUGAAGGUACAUCAGAGAGUUCACACUGGGGAGAGGCCAUUCACCUGCUCGGACUGUGGGAAGGGAUUCACUCGAUCAUCCCAACUGAAGGUACAUCAGCGAGUUCACACUGGGGAGAGGCCGUUCACCUGCUCAGACUGUGGGAAGGGAUUCACUCGAUCAUCUGAUCGACAGAUACAUCAGCGAGUUCACACUGGGGAGAGGCCGUUCACCUGCUGAGUUUGUAGGAAGGGAUUUACUCAGUCAUCUCAUCUGCAGAUACAUCAGCGAGUUCACAUAGGGCAGAGGCCAUUCACCUGCUCAGACUGUGGGAAGGGAUUCACACAGUCAGCUCACCUACAAGAACACCAGUCAGUUCA